AUUCAACAUUGACGUCGGAGAUUUGUAACUUGUUAAUUUAAACUUGUAUUUAUUUAACAUGGAAACUAUUACAUAUGAGUGACUUGGUGAUUUUCGUUUUUUCACGUCCGUAUUUACGUAUAUUAUAUUCUUCGGUUGUCUCGCUGUCAACCAAGUACAUAAUAUCAACUCGAUUUUUUUGUCUGUGCUUAAUAUAAAUAAAUAUGUAUUAAGUGCCAGUGUUAAUAUAAACAAAAUUAUUGUACAGUGAUUGUGUGAUAGAGAAAAAAACAAAAUGUUAUUUGUAUACUUGUUAUGUGUUCCUGUAUUCUUUCUCGACAGCGUAAGUGCUUUUGUUAGCAAUAAAACUAUCGAGGGAUAUCCUGCAAAUUUUUUACCUGAAUGCCCAGGCUCAACAAAUCCAGUGGUUAUUACGAAGAAAAACUUGAAAUACAUUCAGAUAUACAUAACAGGAGCGAAUGGUAACAAAAGGACCAAAUACUCGUAUGACACAAUGGACGAAAUUGCCAACGAUCCCUCUAUGGACUGGGACAAACCUACCGUCUUCUAUAUCCCAGGCUGGUUAGAGAACUAUGACUUUCCGAUCAAAAAUCAUUAUACCAACAAUGGACCAAUAUUCGAGUCACUAUAUAAAAAGAAAGGUUACAAUGUGUGGGUGUUAAAUAUAUUCAAAUUCAUGAAGAAAGAAUAUCCAGUGGCAGCUCGGGCCGUGAUGGCAAUCGGUGCCCAUGUUGCAGAAAUGCUUGCCCGUCUCUCGGCUACACAACCGAAGUUUGACCCCAAAAAGUUGCAACUUCUUGGCGCCAGCCUUGGAGGUCAGACAAUGAGCUUCAUAGCCAAGAGCUAUACCAAACUAACAGGCGAAAAAAUCGGAAGACUAACAGGCUUGGAUCCCAGCGGUCCAUGCUUCAGAAACCGUGAACCUGAUACAAGGCUGGACGAGAGCGACGCAGACUUCGUCGAUGUGAUCAUGACGAACAUUCACGUGUUCGGUAUGGCCGCUCCAGUAGGCCACGUCAACUUUUACGUCAACGGCGGCGAAGUCCAACCAGGGAAAUUAUACUGGAUGCUUUGCAGUGUUAUCUGCAGUCAUGAAAGAGCAUUGCAAGUUUGGAAAGCAGCUGUGGCGUAUCCAAAAGAGUUUAUAGCUGUCAAAUGUGACUCGGUACAAGAUGCGAGACGAAGGAAUUGCUACGAUAGAGUGCCGCUUGAAACUAAUCUGAUGGGGCCAGAUACAGAUAGAACUAAAACUGGUAUCUUCCUUUUGACUACGACAGGCGGUUAUCCAUAUUACCUGGGGAAAGCUGGCUUGAAGAAAGAAAACGAUUACUUGCUGAAUCAACACCAUAGUUAUAACAAUAAUGACGUUUUACGUUUUUAAUAUUUGUUAACUAGGUUUAUAUAAAUUAGUGCUAGGUAUGAUUUUUUUUGAGAUUUUGAUGUGAAUAUUUCGACGAUGUUUUACCAAAUUAAAUUAAUUAGUUGGAUGCUAUAAAA